AUGGAAGGCAAUAAAGAUGAGGCUUCGCGUUGCCUAUCUCUAGCAAAAAGAAUGUUUCUCGAGGGAAACCUAGAGAAAGCUCUCAAAUUUGCCAACAAGAGUAAUCGUCUCUAUCCGUCCAGGCCAGCUGCUGAGUUAUUACAUGAAAUUAAUGAACGAUCCAAAAGUGAUGGCAGUAAUAAGAAAGAAACUCCUGAAAAUAAUAAUAUUAGAAAUAGGAAAGUAAGGACUAAUCAAAGAGAAGAUAACACAGCAGAUAGUAAUCAAAAGAAGAAUUAUACUCCAGAACAGCUAGAUGCUGUCAAAAGAAUCAAAACUUGUAAAGAUUAUUAUCAAAUACUUGGCGUAGAGAAAGAUGCUACCAAGGUUGAUUUGAAGAAAGCAUAUAGAAAGUUGGCUCUACAACUACAUCCUGAUAAAAAUGUGGCACCUGGUGCUUCAGAAGCUUUUAAAGCUGUUAGUAAUGCAUUCGGAGUACUAAAUGAUGAUCAGAAGAGGCGUCGUUAUGAUCAAUUCGGAGAGGAAAAAGAUGUUCCAACACAGCAUUAUCGUGAAUAUUAUACUAAUGAUUUUGAAUCUGAUAUUUCGCCAGAGGAUUUAUUUAAUAUGUUCUUCGGAGGUAGCUUUCCUUCAGGAGGGCGUGUAUAUGUUCAUAGGAAUCAUCGACGUAGUAGUCGCCCUAGAUAUCAUCAGGAACAAGAAGAACCAGCUACAUUUAAUUGGCUUCCAGCUUUGCAAUUUGUGCCUAUAUUAAUAUUGUUUUUAAUGGGCGUAAUAAGCCCUUUACUAGUGGAUCCAUCUCCUUAUAGUUUAUCUCGUUCUUUGUAUUAUCCUCAGCAACGAUCUACUGCUGAUGGUGUUAGCUAUUAUGUUGCUAGUAAUUUUGAACGUAAGUUCGAUUCUGCCAAGAUAUACGAAAUUGAAAAUGAUGUAAAAAGAGAGUACUUAGGACUGUUGCAAGAAAGAUGCUGGCGGGAUAAGCGACAACGGGAACUAUUGAUUCACCAAGCGAAGCUUUGGGGAGAUGAGAAAAAAAUAGAAGAAUAUAAGACAAUGACUUUACGUUCUUGCAAUGAAUUGGAACGACUCGUGUCAUAA